GCAGCCUCUAUAUAUUUCUGAAAGGAAGCCGGCUGCCGCGUUCCAGACGGAGUCUCAGCCUCCCCUCACACACAAUCUUCUUGGCAUCAAGGACACAAUAACCACACGGCAAGAUGUGCAAAGGACUAGCUGCCUUGCCCCACACAUGUCUGGAGAGAGCCAAGGAGAUCAAGACGAAGUUGGGCACACUGCUCCAGAAGCCUGACUCGGCUAUUGACUUGAUUAUCCCUUACCCAGAGAAGCCGGAAAAGCCAGCAAAGGUCCAGAAACCAUCACCAGAGGAGGCUUGGCUGUGGCGCAACUCUCUGGAGAAACUCCUGCAAAAUCCAUACGGUCUUGCUAGCUUCAGGACCUUCCUCCAAUCUGAGUUCAGCGAAGAGAACAUUGAGUUCUGGAUUGCUUGUGAAGACUAUAAGAAAAUCAAAGUGCCUGCUAAAAUGGCCGAAAAGGCCAAGAAGAUCUAUGAGGAAUUUAUCCAAAGUGAGGCUCCCAAAGAGGUGAACAUUGACCAUUUCACCAAAUCUGUGACCAUGAAGAACCUGGUGGAGCCAUCUGUGAGCACUUUUGACCUGGCCCAGAAGAGAAUCUUCAUGCUGAUGGAGAAGGAUUCUCUGCCCAGAUUUGUGCGUUCCAACAUAUAUCAGGAAUUAGUAAAGUAGCAACGUGGCAGAGCUGUGCGGGGAACUGCUACUCCCUCCCCAAGCAGCGUUCUUACUUCCUUACUCCAGUUAUCAGUAGCCAGCGUUUGCUAGUCAUCUGCGUAGUUGUUUUGCUUUAUAUAUACAGUAUAUAUAUA